GGAGAGGUCAAUACGGACAACUAAACGGCAAGCAAAAUGCAUAAAUUUGCUUAAAACAAAUAUAUUUUAGUGCAAAAAACGUAAGAGAAAUCGUUAGGAAAAUGUUGCGUUGGUGUUUCCUAGCUUUAUUCUUGCUGCUGCCACUGGCACAAACAACACCGCCUGUAAGCUUUGAGGCAAAUCCGGAUACUAAACGUCUCUACGAUGACUUGCUAAGCAAUUAUAAUCGCUUGAUACGACCCGUGGUGAAUAAUACGGAAACGCUGACCGUUUGGCUGGGUCUGAAGCUAUCGCAGCUUAUAGAGGUGAAUCUGAAGAAUCAGGUGAUGACUACAAAUCUGUGGGUGAAACAGCGCUGGUUCGACUAUAAACUGCGUUGGGAGCCGGAGGAGUAUGGCGGCGUAGAGCAGCUAUAUGUGCCCUCUGAGCAUAUUUGGGUGCCGGAUAUUGUGCUGUACAAUAAUUGGGAUGGCAACUAUGAGGUUACGCUUAUGACCAAGGCGACACUGAAGUUUACGGGGGAGGUGUUCUGGGAGCCACCGGCGAUUUACAAGUCAUCGUGUGAAAUGAAUGUCGAAUAUUUUCCAUACGAUGAGCAAAUUUGUUUCAUGAAAUUCGGCUCCUGGACCUACAAUGGUGCCCAAGUGGAUCUCAAGCACUUGGAUCAGGUGCCUGGCAGCAAUCUGGUGCAGGUGGGCAUCGAUUUAAGCGAAUUCUAUUUGUCUGUCGAGUGGGAUAUACUUGAGGUGCCGGCAACCAAGAACGAGGAAUACUAUCCGGACACACUGGAACCAUUUUCCGAUAUAACCUUCAAGCUGACCAUGCGUCGCAAGACCUUGUUCUAUACGGUGAAUUUGAUAGUGCCCUGUGUGGCAUUAACAUUUCUCACUGUGCUGGUCUUUUAUUUGCCCAGCGAUUCGGGCGAAAAGGUUACGUUAUGUAUUUCAAUACUCGUGUCUCUGACCGUGUUCUUCUUGCUGUUGGCCGAAAUUAUACCGCCGACAUCGUUGGCGGUGCCCCUGCUGGGCAAAUAUCUGCUCUUUACCAUGAUACUCGUAUCGCUGUCCGUUUGGACAACGGUCUGUGUGCUCAACAUACACUUUAGAUCUCCAUCAACGCACAAUAUGUCGCCGCUGGUGCGUAAAUUGUUUUUACAUUUUAUGCCCAAGCUGAUGAUGAUGCGACGCACACAGUACACGCUGCCCGAUUAUGAUGACUCCACGCCCAGCAAUGGCUACACCAACGAAAUCGAUGUGCGCGACAGCAUCAGCGACUUUCCCAGCGAGUUUAAGGACAGCCAAGAUGGCACAUAUGAUAAUGGCAUGCAGCCUUCUGUGGAUUCCGACAAUGUGAUACCGCGCAACUUAACACCCGAAGUGCUGCAGGCAUUGCGUGCGGUCAGAUUUAUUGCACAGCAUAUCAAGGAUGCCGACAAGGAUAACGAGAUUGUGGAGGAUUGGAAAUUCGUGUCCAUGGUGCUGGAUCGCUUCUUCCUUUGGCUCUUCACGCUCUCCUGUGUGUUCGGCACUUGCGCCAUUAUCUGCCAGUCGCCCUCGCUUUACGAUACACGCGCGCCCAUCGACCGGGAGCUGAGCGAGAUUCCGUUGCGCAAAAACAAUUUCAUGCUCCCACCUGAUAUUAUCAGGCAGGUGGUAACCUAAGCCCCAGCAAGAAGCCAAAACAAGUUAACAAUUUAGCAAACAGCUCAAUACACUUUAAA